AUAAUCAGAAACCAAGAACAACAAAUUCAGCAACAACGCAACUACAGCAACAAUUAAAACGACACAUAAUAAAAACUACAACAACAACUGCAACUUCCAAGGGCGCGAGCUUUCCCCCCUUUACCAACAACAACAACAACAACGACUACAAACCCUUUCAAGAAAGAUCAGGAACCGACCAACCGGAAGGAAGGAACCAGAAACAAGGAGGACGGACGGACCGGACCCUUCAUUGCUUCUUCACAUCAUCAAUAAUACAAUCUCGUCGUUUAUCCAUCCAUCCACCGUUGAUCCAUCAUCCAAUUUUGCCUGUAUAUAGAAGAGCAGCUCGUCGUCGUUUCCCAAUUUGAUUUGGAACCGUUUUGCGGGCUGGUAAUUUUGGUUAGUUGGUACGCGGUCCGGUUGGGACGUUAUGACCAAUUCGAUUGCGUCAACAAAAUGCCUACCCACUGCUCUCUCGUCUGGCAAUUAUGGUAUGUCCCAGAGUCAACACCAUGAUACCAAGGAAUAUAUCAUUGUUAAGCUAACCGAUUCGGCCAUACAUGCCUUGGAGGAAUAUCAGAGAGAUGAUUUGGCCAAACGCCUUGCGCCUGGCCAGGGGCCCAAAAUUCAAUUUUUGGGCAACUCUGGGGUUAUACAAUUUCCCAGCAGUAGUAGUAGUAGUAGCAGCAGCAGCAGCUCUAGCAGCAGCAAUCCUAAUAAUAAUAAUCAUCCUAAUACAUCAUCAUUUAAGUUCUCCAUCAAUGAUAUGGAGGGAGCAUUGGAGUGCAUACAACAGAAGCAACAGGGAUUGGAUGUACUUGGCGGGAUUACAUUGCGUAUGCGUAUACAUGCUAAUGACGAUGUCUACGAUACGACAAGGACAAAAAUGGCCAUUGCCGAGGAGACGGAGAAGAGUAAAUGCAUUAGGGAGAUUAAGCCAAAUCAGUCGGAUAUUGGGCGUAAGGUGAAGAAGCCAUCAUCAUCAACGACAACAUCAUUAACGACGACGACGACAGCGAAUGCAUUUCAUCAUCAUCAUCAUCACAGCAGUAACAACAACAGCAACAACCACAGUGGGAACAACAGCAGCAAUAGUUUUAAUAGCCAGAAUAGUCGUAAGCUAGUUUCAUCGCCAUUUAAUGGUCUAGGAGUAGGUUCAUCAUCAGCAGCAUCCAUACCAGCAGCAGCAGGAUCGUCACGUUCACCCAAUCCUAGCACUUUGGGUGCCAGCGGCACAAUAGUCAGUGGAAUGGGAGCGGCGGCGGCUCUAGGAGGAGGUGGUCGAUCUAAUUCAGCCGCCUCAACCUUGGCAUACACAUUUGCCAAUAGCGUAACGCAGGGUUAUAACAUGAGUGGCACCUCACCCAAUCAAAAUGCCAAUAACAAUCACCACCAUCACUCCUCCUCCUCCGCAAUCAGCAGCAAUAGCACCUCCACUUCCAAUUUUACAAAUGGUCGUUCCAACAAAAUGCCAUCAUCAUCAUCGUCGUCGUCGUCUUCGUCGCGCAAUACCAACAGCAAUAACAGCAGCUCCAAAUCUUCGUCACAGACCCAAAACAAAUCAGAUGUCUCCCGUCGUAAUAUACGCGAACGUUUAAUCCAUUUACUGGCCUUGAAGACCUUUAAGAAGCCCGAACUCUUUGCCCGCUUGAAGAACGAGGGUAUUAGGGAUCGCGAAAGGAAUCUAAUCACCGGCAUACUCACAGAUAUAAGCACCAUGUCGCAUAAUACCUACAAUUUGCGGCGCCAAAUGUGGAAUGAUGUGGAUGAGAAUUGGCCGUAUUUUAGUGAACAGGAAUUGCAGCAGCUAAAGCGCCGUAAACCGCAAAAUUUAACGCCACCGAUGAGUUCGGAUGCUGGCAGUUCUACAUCGGGUCAGAGUCCAACAUCAACGCAUACGGGGAGUCCGCCGCCAGCACAUGGCGGUGGUGGUGGUGGUGUUGGUGGUUUAUCGGCCAAUAAUGGAAAUGCCGGAGGUGUGGGUGGAGGAGGAUCGUCGUCUAGUUUGAAACGCACCAGCUUGGAGUACGAUGAGAGCACGUUCAGCACAGUACAGCCGAAAAAGCAACGCAUCAGUCAUUAUAAAAAGGAUACACCGCCAUCUUCCUCAUCCACAGGCUCGUCAUCUUCAUCAUCUGCCAUUAAUUCAAACUAUGCCUCCUCCUUGUCAAAUCGCAAUCGCAAUACACCUCCACAGCGGACACAGGGACCCUUGGAUGAUCAUAGUACGAAUGAUUUAAGUUAUAGCGUGUUGGACAAUAUGGAUGAAUUCAUUAAUCAGCAUCAGCAACAGCAGCAACAACAACAACACCAACAACACCAACAGCAGCAUCAACAGCAACAGCAUCAUCAGCAGCAGCAAAGAAGGCAGCAAAGGAGCAGCAGUAGCAGCUCUUCACUAGGCAGCGGUGGCGGUGGUGGAUCUAAGGAUAAACGCAGCUCAACUGGCAGCAAUUCCAGCACAAGUUCCAAUACCACCACAAUGACAACAGCAUCAGCACGUAAAUCUUCAUCUGCAACGCCACCAAAGCUUACAGCAAGUUUUGUUUCUGCGUCGUCGGGUGGAGGUGGAGGAGGAGGAGGUGGAACGAGUGCCAAACAACGUCCACCACCAGCCUCGCAACAGAAUGAGUACAACAAUUCAUAUAACAAGAGUCCGCAUGCGGCGUCCAACAGUAAGAAACGUACGACGACUGCGUCUAGUGGUAGUAAUAGUAGCAAUAGUAGUAGUAGUAAUGGCCAUCAUCAGCGUCAACGUAGCAGUAGCAGCAGCAGCGGUAGUAACAACAACAACAACAGCAACAACAACUAUCAGCAAGUGCCGCCACCUAAUAUGCUGCCUCAACGUUCGUCUAUGCCUACUCCUCCUCAGCAACAGCAGCAACAACAACAUCCUCAACCGCCUUUGUCAUCGUCGACGUCGUCUCAUCAUCCUUCUUCUAAGUCUUUGUCGUCGUCGUCGUCCUCUCACCAACAUCAACAUCAGCCAUCAUCAACAAUAGCGCAUCCACCUGCUCCUCCACCUGCUAGAAAUCCUCCAUCAGCUGCAUCGAAACAUCCGUCGCCCACACAACAAUUGGCCGCUGCCGCCCAUGCCUAUGCCACACAUGCGGCUCCAACUGAUCCCAAUUCGAGCUCAACGCUACGCUAUGACUUUAGCCAAUAUUCUCCUAUAAGAACGCUGGAAGUGCGCCGGCGCUACAAGACUGAAUUUGAAAGCGAUUACGUUGAGUAUUGCAAGCUAUUGACUCGUGUCGAGGAUGUAUGCAAGCGUUUCCAGGAUCUAUCCGAGCGUUUGGAGAGCGCUCGUCGUCGGGACACUGGCUAUGGUGGUGAUCAUUAUGAUAAUAUUGAGCAGCAAAUUGUAUCCGAAUAUGAGAGGAUUCAUAGUGAUCGGACCAUAAUUGAGGAUAAACAGAGAUUUGAUUACUUGCAUGCCAAAUUGGCGCACAUAAAGCAGCUGGUAAGUGAUUAUGAUAAGAAGCUGAUAAUUGCACAGCAGCAACAACAACAGGCUGCAGCAGCAGCAGCAGCAGCAGCAGCAGCCGCCGCCGCCGAGCAGCAGGCAAGACUUUUAGAAGAGCAAAGGAGGCAGCAACAACAUUUACAUCAUGCAGUGGAAACGAUAGAACAGCAGCAGCAGCAGGCGCAGCCAUCACAGCAGCAGCAAAUGUUGAUCCCUCAGCAGCAACAACAACAACAACAACAACUGCAACAAAAACCACAACAACAACAACCGCAUCAAAGCAGCGACUCAGACGAUAGCUCCGAUAGCUCUGAUUCCAAUGAUGAUGACGACGAUGACGAUGAUGAUGAUGGCGAUGAUUCCAACUCCAAUACCGAUGAUGAUGACGACCGCUACUGA